AUGGAAGCUUUACGCCCACAAGAGCCGUCACAUCAGCAGCACAACGGCAACAUCGUCAGUCUUGACGAGGAGCUACCUCCCCCGCCUGAGCCGUUCCCGGAGUAUAGGUCAGCGCAGAACGGGCACACGACUGCUCCGCAGGUACGCUCGUCCCUUCAGCGUGCUCGUCAUUACUUUCAUGCUGACUCACAGGUGCUGCAACAGGACUAUGCCACUCUCCAAUCUACAUGCGUAGCUGUCCUUCACUCGCUAUUGCCUUCGGACGCCGGAGAUCGCCGCUCGGCGUUUUUGGCGGAAGGGGAUCAGCCCCUCGCGGCCGCCUUGACGGAACUGCUCGAGACGACGUAUGAGCUGGAGUCGUUCGGUCCUUCCCCAGCAUAUGAGGAGGUGGCUGGUCCGUCUACCCCUCCGGCGGUCACCGAGCGAUCUGGAGCGGAAGGCAGCUUCGCGGCCCUGGCGGAGCACCUGGGAGGUCUGCAGUCUGGCCUGGAGGCGCCGCGGGCUGCGCACUCGAGGGAGAGCCUGCAGCCGGCGAUAGAUGUCUAUAGGCAGCAGGUGACGGUGGAGCGGAUACAGACAUUGAGUAGGGUGGUACUGGGUAUGGUGCGAGCUAGGGAGUCAGGUCCGUCAGAGACUGAGCGGAAUGGGACACUCGAUGUGCCUACCGUACAGCAGCGGACGGAGGCUCGAACACCGGAGUAUGAGCUCAAUGAGAAGCACCUCGACGAUCUCCCGGACUACGAGGAGAUAUCUCAAGCGAACGGUAUAUCGGACAAGAAGUCGGAAGCGGGACCUUCGUCACCCCGCCAAGCCCCUCCGUCCGAGAAGAUGCUCCACGACUUUGAACACCUCACCUCCGCCAUCGAACGCCUAGGCGCCCUCUCCACCGGAUACGCGGAUCAACGGUCCGUCCUUCGGCCUGUACGCCCUCGGUCUAGCUCGCCUGUUCUACGCGCCGCGAAUGGUACCAAGGGCAAAGGGAGGGAAGAGCGGCAAAUGUCAGAUAAAGCCAAGAUGAAGGAGUUGGAGGAUAUCUGGCGCAAGAUUGAGAGGGCGCAUGGGAAGCGCCGGAUGAGAGACGAUCAGCGGGUGGAUAUGGAGGGCGUGAGGGGCAGAAGAGCGGAGGAGAGGAGUCAGUUCUUGCAGGAAUUGUAUGAGCGGGCGGAGAUGAGUAGGAUGAAGGGGCAGGAUGGGGAGAUGGGGACUGUGAACGGAGAUCUGGCCAGGGCGAGGGAAUUGAGAGACCGAGAUCAGUUUCUGCGGGAGUUACUGGAGACAUCUGCUGGUGCGAGAUUGGAGGAUCAGGAUGCGUCCGCACCGACCGAAGAUGCAGUACGCCACAGGCAGCACGAAGCUCAGCGACAAGCCUAUCUGCAGGACAUGGUCGACCGGAUGCGAUCUGGCCGACUCGAAACUCAAGACUACCCCCAGACCCCCGAAGACCGCAUUGCUCUCAGACGCCAGUCGCUCGUCGAUUCGCUCGUCAACUUUUCCUCUUCAGGCCGGAUGGCGGACCAGGACUCCAGACCGCCGACACCGAGGCACCGGUCUUUCCAGGGGCAAGAUCCGCACGAGCUCGUCACGAUGGAGAACUUCUUCAAGGACGGGCCGCAGAUCCCUGAUGCGCGGGACGGGCGAGGAAGGAGUUCGUCUGGUACGGUCGAGGCGGAGAAGAAGACGGGGACGCUCAGGGGAAUGAUGAGGAGGCGGAGUCAGGCUCUGGGUUUGGGGCUGAAGAGCGCAAAGGAGACCGACUUCUCACAGGUCAAUUAUAUCGCUGAGCACCAAGAGAACCUCAACAUCGUCACCGUCACAUUUUUCGGCCCCCAGCUCCCCCUCAGCUCGGAUCUCCAGCUCAAAUCGUUCGACCCCGCCUCCUGCUCCCGCCCCGCCGUCGAGGCCAUUCUGGAGAUAGGCAACUCGUCCCUUCGGAUUCCCCUUCCAGUCCCUAUACAGUCACACCAAUCCGUCCCGCUCAUCGCACACGGUCUUCACCUCGAAGCCAAGCUCUCGUCCGUGCCUAUGGCAACUUUUGCGCCGAGCCUGAUCUCAUCGGUCAGCCACCCGCUCUCGGCGUCGGAACUGCGCAAACUCAAUCCCCGCGGUCUGUGCUGUACCACCUGCGAUCGGGAGAUCGCCUCUAUAUCCGCCAAAGGCUUAGGGGGGAAGGAGGACGAGCGUUUCAAGGACCUUCCAAGCGAGCAUUGGGCGGAGAUGAUGGAGGUAUGGAUGUGUCACGAUGAUCCUGGCUUUACAGCACGGCUGGCAAAGCAAACCAAGGAGGGGUUCUGGCCGGCCAAGGGUCGGGUUCUUGUGGGUGGGAGCUACGUCCUCGUCAAUGCCGCAGACGUCAAGCGGGCAAAUAUUACCUCAAAGUCUACCAAGCUGAUCAGGCAGGAUACAAGUUGGGAUGUGCAGCGAUGUCUCUGCGGCGAAAUCCUGGGCAAGGCGAGAAAGAUGGACAAUCAGCCUGGAGCGGGGACUGUGCGGUUCUCCAAGUGGGCGCUGGCGCUGUUGAGGGAUGAUGAUGUCGAUGGGGAGAACGUCGAACCCACUCGAUAUCCUCUCGAAACUUACAUUACGUCCGACAUGCUUGACCUCGCGCAAGCGCACGCUACCUAUCGCCUCAUGAUAAUCGACGAGGAGACGGAUAAACAGAAGAUCUUGGUUACUGAUCUACAGAUCUGGCUCUUCAACCCCUCCCUACGCAUAUCAUACCGCCGCUCAUCCCCUUCCAUCGCUGCUCCGCCUUCGCCACUCCGCACUUCGCGUUCGGCCAAGUCUUCUCGCCGCUCAAGCGUCGCCUCUGCUUCUUCACGCUCCUCUCCUACGGUACCCGAAUCGUCCACAGGCCACUCCAGAUCACUCCGAGCGUGCAAAAUCAUGUAUCGCCAAGUCUCGAGUGGAGACGGCGCGCAAGGUCAGGGACAGGUAGAGGAGCUUAGGUAUCCAUCAGAGGUGGUUAAUCGGCUCUUGGGCGCCCUGGAGGCGAGUACGCUGGUGUAUCCAGAGGAGAGGCGUAAGAUGGGGUCAUGGGAUGUUGGGUUUUUGGCCAGGAUGUGA